GGGAGGCGGAGCCUCUGCCUUGGAGGCGUAGGGAGGGCCGCGCGCCGCGAUGGUCGGAGGGCCGGAGGCCAGUCGCUCGGCACUCGGCGGACUCGGCGCGCGUCGCGCGAAUAUUCGCACACGGAACAGUGACUGCAAAAUACUUGUGCGAAACCGGAUUUUUGAGUGGCGGUGGACAUGUGACCGGGAUGGAUUUGGAAACUCUGUAACAGUGCCUUAUUUGAAAAAAACAAGAAGACAAAUCUUGUUUUGAUGUUUUUUUAUGAUAUUUAAUCAAAACAAAUAAAAUAAAAAACUUCUUAAUCGUUUAAAACCAUAGUAUAGUUGUGAUAAAAUCCGUCCAAAAUAAAUACUCGCAAUGUCCGCAAACUAAAAUGCAAAAACAAAUGACAGCCGGUCGGUUGGAACAAUUUGAACGCAAGCGGUCGACUUCUGAAUUUGAAAAUGGAUCUGACGACAAGGCGAGGCGAGGAGGAGGCGGGGGGAGGGGGGUGUGAGGUCACGAAGCAGGAGGUGAAGAAGACCAGCUCGUUCAGCAUCAGGAACCUGAUGGGGGAUUCCGACGGCGCGAGCAACAGCGAAGAAUACUACACCCCAGACUACCAACCACAAAAGUUCAGCAUGGGCAUCUCCGACCCUCCUAAAGACGAUUCUCCCCGAACCACGCCCGAGCUCACCCGAACGCCCGACCUUAGGACGGACCAGUCUCCCCCGACUGCCCCGCCAGGGUCCGCAGACAGUGAUGAUGCUGAUGAGUUCGCACCUAAGAGAAAGCAGAGGAGAUACAGGACGACGUUCACUAGCUUUCAGUUGGAGGAGCUGGAGAAGGCGUUUUCGAGGACGCAUUACCCUGAUGUGUUUACUAGGGAAGAGCUGGCCAUGAAAAUUGGAUUAACCGAAGCUAGAAUACAAGUAUGGUUCCAAAACCGCAGAGCAAAAUGGCGGAAGCAAGAGAAAGUGGGGCCGCAGGCGCAUCCCUACAACCCCUAUUUGGGAGGCGCGGGGGGCGCCCCUCCCCCUUCUGUGGUGGCGUCUAUGCCCAACCCCUUCUCGCAGCUGGGGUUUGGGUUCAGGAAGCCUUUUGACACCAAUGCGCUGGCGUCUUUUAGAUACGGCAGCACACCAAUGCUAGGAGCACAAUACCUCGGCGCGCCUCUCCCCCGACCCCCACUCUUCGGCGCCCCCCUCUACACCUCUGCCCCUCCAUUCCACUCCCUUCUAGCCGGCCUUGCGCCCCCUAGAAGAUCACCCGACCCGCCACCAGUUUCGCCCCCUAUCUCGCCAGGCAGUGAAUCCCCCCCAACGGCUCCAGAAGUAGAAAGAAGAAGCUCGAGCAUAGCAGCUUUAAGAAUGGCCGCGAGAGAACAUGAGAUUAGGUUAGAGAUGCUGAGGCAGCGACACCACUCGGAUAUGAUCAGUUGAAACUAGGAUUUUUGAUCCAGUGCUAAGACCCAAUGGUAAUCGAUUCACAAAUCGCUAUAUAUUAUAGUUCGUAUAACAUGCUGGUGGAAGGAAACCAGAGAUUGUUAAAUGUAUUCAUGUGCAAAAAUUAAGACGGAGGUGAUAGGAGAGAUGUGCGGGAAUCAACCAAUAUCAACCAUUGGUUGUAAUCCAGUGGAGGGGAGAAGAGAACGUUUCCUCUCAUCUCCGCCUCAGUGAAAAUACAGCCUUGAAGAUUAUGAAAGAUGUACUAUAUGUUUGAGUAAAAUGUGAUGCUUUGUUCGCUGAAAAGAUCGUCAAUACUUUUUUGUAUACUACGUCGGUGGCAAACAAGCAUACGGCCCGCCUGAUGGUAAGCAGUAUCUGUAGCCUAUGUACGCUUGCAACUCCAGAGGAGUUACAUGCGCGUUGCCGACCCUAACCCCCUCCCCUCCUCGUUGAGCUCUGGCAAACCUUACUCAUCGGCAGGAACACAACACUGUAUGGAAAAAAAAUGUUUUGUUUGUUUUUCUCGAUGUCGCAGAUUCCACGUGAUCCAUUUUCAUUACUCGUCAGUGUAUUUAGAUAGUAAAUUAGGCACAAAACUUUAUCUUUAUAUGAUUGGAUGUAAAUGAGCUCUCUUUUAGUUGAAAUUGUAUUGUUAUACGAACGUGUGUAAAUCGGUCUUGAAUGUAAAAUUAGUAAAAAGUAUUAGCUAGGCUGUAAGGUAAUAUAAAGAAUGUACUUAAAUCUCCGUCCACGUUAGACCUUAUUGUUAUUUAUUGUAAUGUAAGAUACUUAAAGUAAUGCCUUAAUGUCUCAAUUAAAUAUUUAUAGUUAAUAUACUAUUAUUUGUAAGGGAUCAAACAAGGAAUGGUUUUAUUAUUAUUUGAGCAAUAUUUUAUUUAUAUAAAAGGUGAUAUUUUUUUUAUACCGAGUUUCGAUGAAUCAGAACUACUUAGCUAGAAUGGUCAACAUAAAAAAAACAUGUGCAAGUGAACUAAACAAUAAUUUAAUUAUUAACAAAUGGUUUAAAUUUACUAGCAAAAUAAAAUAAUAACGGUUAUACAUUCUUUAAGAUAUAUUUUUAUCUUUCACUGCAAACUAACAAAACUUAAAGUUUGUAAGUUAAAUUAUCAAUUGUAAUUUGUAUUAUUAUAAAUAGCACCAAAGAAUUCUGUUGUAUUAAUUAUCCAGUAAUAAAAAACGAAACUUAAACAUGACUAGUGUUUACUGUACAUUAUGUAUUGUUUGUUAUUUUAAAUGAAAAUGAAAAUAUCGACCUAUCACGUACAAUAAAAUUAAUUGAAAAUAU